AUGACGAGUUUCGUCACGUUUAUUCUUGUUGCUGUGAUCUCCAGCGUUUGCAAUGCGCAAGACUUGAGUUUCACAGCUACGACUCCCGGCCUCACCAAAGGCAAGCCGAACACCUUCAUUGGAACCACUGGCGAUGAGAUCGCGUCGUCUCUUCUCGCAUCAAAGACUCCCGCAAUGCUUUGGGGCUCGGUUCCCGCGAGUGCAAUCACCAACGUCUGCCAGAAGAUUUCCCAGACUGGAAGGCAGGAAUACACUGCCAAGAUAGAUGGCGACUGGGGAGGAUCCGAGGACCUCAAGCUAAAGGUGACAAGUACCUUGGUUUUUUCUCAUGCUGACGACUGGAAAGAUGGUCGCAACCGGUGGCUCCAGAUUCAUCCGGGACACAGUUCGUGUUCACAGACAACUAUGGCCGCAAGAGUGCUAUUGUUUGCCCAAGUAACGCUGGAGGAAGUGGCUGUGGCGUGUACAUGA